UUAUGUCACUACGGUAUAAAAAUUUAUAAUAUUUUUAAUUAAAAAUAAGCGAAUUAUGUAAGUAGUCGGAUGCGGGAUGUUUAUAAGAGUGAAAGAUGGCGACUCUUCCUCCGAGGCGAAGUAUCAGUUCCUCUAAAGCAAAUCGUCAACUUUUAUCUCAUUUGCAGAUUCUUUUGCAAAUGGGUUUUCCUAAACAUAGAGCAGAGAAAGCUCUUGCAGCUACAGGAGAUAGGGGUGUUCAGCUUGCUGCUGAUUGGUUAUUAGCCCAUGUUAAUGAUGUCACACUUGAUGGAGAUACUCCUAGAGAGUAUAUUUUAUAUUUAUGCCCUACUGGACCAUUACAAGAACAAUUACAAGAUUUCUUUUCUUUAUCUCUUGUACAAUGUGGAAGAAAUGGUGCCCAUAACUAUUUGCCACAUAUUACUUUAUGUUCUUUUUUUCAGGCACCAGAUAAUAGCAUUUCACAUCUAGUCCGUGCUUUAAAACAUGUUGUAGAAAAAUUAAGGCAUGAAUUGCCAGAUCGGAUAUGCCUUGAACAUUAUACAUCAUCUACGUUUCUAGGUUUAUUUGUUGCAGAUCAGCAUAAUGAUUUGCUGAAGCGUUUAGCAGUUCAGUUUAUGCGGGAAGUUUCAGAAUAUAUUGUGACAGAGAUGGGAGCCUUAGAUGUGCUUGGUACUUGUUUUCCUUGGUGUUCUUCUUCUUACCCUUCACUUACAAAGGGAGGGUCUCGCAGGCGUAUACAAGUUGAACCAUAUCUAAAAGCCCUUCAUAUCACGUUAGCAUACCAGUUUCAGCCAGAACAUUAUUCAACAUUGGAACGAUUAACCAGAGAUAUUGAUACAGAUGCAGCAGCUUGCUGGGAACUAAGAUUAUAUUCACGUGAUACAAGAAUAAAAGGAAAUGAGGUGCACAAAGUGUUAUAUUCUCAUGUUCCACAAGAACAAGAUGAAUUAGAACUUUUAAUUGGUGAUUAUGUUUAUGUUAAUCCUGAUCAAAUCAAUAGUUCUGUUGAUGGUUGGGUAGAAGGAACAUCAUGGUUAACUGGCUGUACAGGAUUCCUUCCAAUAAAUUAUAUUGAAAGAUCAGCUGAAUCUGAUGCUUGGACCUUACACAGAUCUGUUCCAUUGUCUAAAAAUAUUAUUCCUGAUAAUACUGAAGAUAAUUCUCUCUCUAAAAGAUUACUUCAACAAAAUAGUGAUACAAAGCAGUCACCUAAACUUCAUCGCCAUCUGCAAUCUUAUGAAGAACAAGAGUUAUUAAAUAGUCCAAAACAUAGUCCUCAUUCAAAAGAAUUGUCUUUUACAAAUUCUGGAAACACAAAUAGUAUUAGAUAUAAAAGAGAAGACCAAAAGCAAAUGCCCAGACAGUUAUUUGUUAUCAGGCAUGCAGAAAGAGUAGACUUCACUUUUGGUUCAUGGAUUCCAAUUUGUUUUGAUAGUACAGGAAAUUAUGUAAAGAAGGAUCUAAACAUGCCAAACAUAGUGCCUCCCCGCAAAGGUGGACCUCAGGAUUAUUUAAAAGACUCUCCACUUACAAAAAUUGGCCUGUAUCAGGCAUCUCUUACUGGUGAAGCACUUAAAGAGUCAGCAGUUGAAUUUACAUAUGUUUAUAGUUCUCCUUCUCUGAGAUGCUUACAGACUUGUACAAAUAUCCUUAGAGCAUUAGGACAACAGUAUUUGAAGAUCAAUGUGGAACCAGGAUUAUUUGAAUGGUUAGCUUGGUAUCAAGAAGGAAUGCCAACUUGGAUGUCAAUUCAGGAACUUUCAGAUUAUGGAUUUAAUGUUAACUUAGAUUAUCAACCUCUUAUUGCUGCUGAUGAACUGAAAGACAAAAGAGAAUCAAUUGAACAAUAUUAUUUACGAAGUUUUUAUAUUGUAAAGACAAUCAUUAAAAAUACUGAAAAUGGAAACAUUUUAUUACUUGGACAUUCUGCUAGUCUCGAUUCUUGCACGAGACAAUUAAUUGGUUUAGCUCCACGAAGCACGAGUGAUCUCAUACGUGUUAUUCGUAAAACUCCAUAUUGUGCUAUAACAGUUGCCGAAGAGGAAGCAGAUGGAAAAUGGAAUCUAGUUGCCCCUCCAGUUCUUCCAUUAGUGCAUAGUGCAAAUGGACAGCAUGAUUGGAAGACGCUUUUAACAUGAUUAUACAAAUCUGAAAAUACAAAUUUAUGCAUUUGUAUUUACGUGUUUGUGUGUAGCUAAGCCAAGGUAGUUCAAAAAAUUUAAUGUUUAUUUUAAUUUUCAAUAUGCAGUAUUACAUAAUAUAUAAUUAAUUUGUAAACAGAAUGUUUUCUUAAAUUAAGAAAUGGUAUUUUAUUAAAUUAUUUUUUUAGUUGACCAAAGAUUUUAAAAAAAAUAUUUAUUUCAUACCAAUAUUUGUACUACAGAUGACUAUAGAAAAGACAGAUUUUGAUUCUUAUCAUUACAGUAUUUAAAUAAUCUGUGUUAAUUUAUUAUUAUUAUUUUUUUUUUUUAUUAAACUAAGUGUUAUUAUAUAUUAAGAAAUGUAAUGUCUGAAACUUGUGAAAGAUCUCAUUCUGUUUUCUAGUCAUACUUAUUUUUUGAUUGUGGCUUAGAAUUCUAUAAGCAGAAUUUUAAGAAUAUAUUAAUUUAUGAUUAAUUUUAUCCUUUAAUAUAUAUACAUAUGUAUAAUUGUAAUUUUAAUAUAUUGUACAUUAUCUUGUUUUUUCUUUCCUUACUUAUUUUAUCCAUGCAUAAAGAUGAUCUUAACAAAAGAGCAAAUAAUAAAAUUGUACUUUUGCAUUGUUACUAUUAAAAAAUUACAGA